UGUAUGUUAUAGGAAUAUGGAAACUCCUUUAUCUCCGGAUUCUAGGCAGCUUUUAUCUGUAGAAGAUGAUAAAACACAUUUAAUUAUAAUACCAGAAACGUCAUCGCAUACGUAUGCAGAACAUAAAGAAUCUAAAUAUGAAGGUACACCAGCGGUUGCUCAGUUUUCUCUUGGGCCUAUUACACAUACAACAGUAGUAACAACAACAACUACUACUACAACAAAUUUUCCACCUAUUGUCUUCUAUCCACCUAAAAAGAAGAAGAAUUUUGAUUCGAAACAAUAUCCGCUUUAUGAUGCACCUACUCCAGCUUGUUUAAAACGGUUUUGUUUUGAUAUUGAUGGAAGACCGGCCUAUUUUCGAGAAAGCGAUGCGCCACAUGAGUCUCUUACUCAGCUGCGAGAAGAUAUGGAACGUCUUGAAAAAAAUAAUACUAUAACUAUAACUGUUAGGGAAAAUGAAGAACAUUCUUUUAAAAAAAAAGAUACACAAGUUCUGGAAAAUGAGAUGGAAUUACCAAUGCUGCAAACUGAUUCAGUCUUAGCAGAAUCUUCUUAUCAAAGAAUACACAGUAAUUCUUUAGUUUCUCAUGAGGAUCAGGCAUUUAAAACUAGAAUUACUCGUGAAAACACGUCUAAACAUAUUGGACAUGAAUCCUUUUGUUCCAACAUUGAAAAAAAGUGUCUUCAAAAUAUUGUUGAUGUUGAUCCUUUAGAUAUUUCUAAUGAUGAUAUUUCUACGAAAAUAAUUUCUAAUUCGGACUUAAAUAAAAAUAUUUCUAAUGGUUCUCGGAAUCAAAUACCUAUUGAAUCUAAUCUACCAUCUUAUCAAUUUCUUCCUCUACCUUCUCCAUCUCUUUCUCCAGUUAUAACUACUUUAAAUUCUGAAAAUGAACCUUACUUUGCUUCUCGAAAUAAUCGUUUAAACACAACAAAAACAGUUCAUUGUAAGAGCCAAAAGGAAAACUAUGAACAAAUAGACAUAAAAGAAAUUAAUACAUUCGUUUUAUCUGACCAAGGAAAUUCCAUAAUUCGAAUUCCGGAAAUUUUGAAUAUUUUUGAUAAUUUACCUCCUAAUAUUCAAACAUAUCUUAUACACCAUUUGCUUCGUCGGUGCAAUAAAACAACUUUACAAAUCGUUGCAAAUUUAGUUAAUCCAACACUUAAACGUGAUUUUCUUGCUCUUUUACCAUUUGAAUUAGCAUUCAAUAUCUUGAAAGAAUUGGAUGUAAAAUCUCUAUGCCGUGCAGCACAGGUAUCAAAAAAAUGGAAGCAAAUUGUUGAUGCAGAUGAAUGGAUUUGGAAAAUGCGUUUCGAUGCUGAUGGUUUUAAAUUACGGGAUAAUGAGCUUGAUCAAAUUGUUUCAGAAGACAGGGUUCUUCAAUGCACGGAUUCAAAUGAUGUAUCUUCAACUCAUAUGUUAAAGGAAAUAAAGCAUAUUUUACAUGUUAAUUCGAAUAUGUAUUCGAAAAAAUGUGAAAAGACUUUGAAUAUUCAGAACGAAAAGCAUUCUCUUGCGGAGCAUGGAGAAACUACUGAAAAAUAUUUUCAAGAAGUAGAAAAUAAAGAAAGCAAUUUUAUUCAGAAACAACAUUUAUUUAAAGCAUUAUAUAAAAAACAUCAUAUUAUUCGAAAGAAUUGGAUGAACCCUAAUAUAAAGCCACGACACAUUUCCUUUCGAUGUCAUGAUCGGAAUGUUGUUACAUGUUUACAGUUUGAUGCAGACAAAAUUAUUACGGGCUCCGAUGAUAGUAGUAUAAAUAUUUAUGACACUUUAACAGGAAGACUUCGAAGAAGAUUACAAGGCCACGAAGGAGGCGUCUGGGCAUUACAAUAUUUGGGUAAUUCUUUAGUAUCAGGUUCUACAGAUCGUACUGUACGUGUUUGGGAUAUUGCUAAAGGUGAAUGUACACAAAUAUUCGAAGGACAUAUUUCAACUGUACGUUGUCUUCAAAUUUUGCCUUCCACAAAUAUAGAAUUUACUCAUAAUGGAAUCAAAAAGCAAAUAAAUACGUCAGUAAUUGUAACAGGAUCUCGAGAUUCUACAUUACGUGUAUGGAGGCUUCCACAACCUGGAGAAGUUCAUUAUAGACCAUCACCUCCAUCUUCUCCGAAUGCUGUUAAUGCAGAUAGUACUAAUGUAUCUACCAACCCUUAUUAUAUAAGAACUCUGGUUGGCCAUACAAAUUCAGUAAGAGCUAUUUCUGGAUAUAAUAAUAUUUUAGUUAGUGGUAGCUACGACAGUACAGUUCGAGUUUGGAGAAUCUCUACAGGAGAAUGUAUAUGGAGAUUAGUUGGUCAUUCUCAAAAAGUAUAUAGUGUAGUAAUCGAUCCAAAACGAAAUAGAUGUGUAAGUGGAAGUAUGGAUUGGAAAGUAAAAAUUUGGAGUCUUGAAACAGGCACUUGUCUUUGGACGUUAGAAGGUCAUAGUUCUUUAGUAGGUCUUUUGGACCUCUCGUAUGAUUAUUUGGUAUCAGCAGCUGCUGAUUCCACACUACGAAUAUGGGAUCCAGAUACUGGGAAAUGUAUUCAUGUACUUUCUUCUCAUACAGGAGCUAUAACAUGUUUCCAGCAUGAUGAAAAUAAAGUAAUUAGUGGCAGUGAUGGCCUUCUUAAAAUGUGGGACGUUCGAACAGGGCGUUUUGUAGCUAAUAUACUUACUGAUUUAUCUGGUGUAUGGCAGGUUCGCUUUGAUGAACGCCGUUGUGUUGCUGCAGUACAGAGAGACCAUGUAACUUACAUUGAAGUUUUGGAUUUUGGUGCAGCAGCGGAUGGAGUUCCUGAAGAAGAACGAGGUCGACGAAUUAUUAUUGAUAAUACCUCUUUAAUGGAUGAUUUGGCUCAAGCAAAUAGGGAAGCAAUCUAA